AUGGCUUCGGCGGUAACCAAGGCCGUCCUCUCUCCGCCGCUGCGACGAGCUCUCGUCCAGUCGCGCGGUUUCCAGACCAGCACCAAGAGCCUACUCCCCUCGGCCUUCGGCUCUGCUUCCAGCAUCCCCCCGUCCUACUUCCAGAAGCCGUCGCUCCCCGCCAACACGGUCAUCCGCUUCGUCCCCCAACAGACGGCAUGGAUCGUCGAGCGUAUGGGAAAGUUCAACCGCAUCCUCGAACCGGGUCUCGCCAUCCUCGUGCCCUUCAUCGACCGCAUCUCCUACGUCAAGUCGCUUAAGGAAAACGCCCUCGAGAUCCCCAGCCAGAGCGCCAUCACGGCCGACAACGUCACCCUCGAGCUCGACGGUGUCCUGUACACGCGUGUCUUUGAUGCCUACAAGGCCAGUUACGGAGUCGAAGAUGCUGAAUACGCCAUCUCCCAGCUGGCGCAAACCACGAUGCGAUCCGAGAUCGGCCAGCUGACGCUCGACCACGUCCUCAAGGAGCGCGCCGCUCUCAACACCAACAUCACGGCUGCCAUCAAUGAGGCGGCGCAGGCCUGGGGCGUCACCUGCCUGCGUUACGAGAUCCGAGACAUCCACGCGCCGGCGGGCGUGGUCGAGGCCAUGCACCGACAGGUCACGGCCGAACGCUCAAAGCGAGCCGAGAUUUUGGAGUCGGAGGGUCAGCGGCAGUCGGCCAUCAACAUCGCCGAGGGUAAGAAGCAGAGCGUCAUUCUCGCCUCUGAGGCGAUGCGGUCCGAGCAGAUCAACAGGGCGUCGGGUGAGGCGGAGGCGAUUCUCAUGAAGGCCAAGGCGACAGCGGCCGGCAUCGACGCCGUUGCCAAGAGCAUCGCCAACGGCGAAGAGGCGGCGCAGGGCGCUAUGAGCCUGUCCGUGGCCGAGAAGUACGUCGACGCGUUCGCCAAGCUGGCCAAGGAGAGCACGGCGGUCGUCGUCCCUGGAAACGUCGGCGACAUCGGAGGCAUGAUCGCCACGGGCCUGAGCGUUUACGGCAAGGUCGGCCAGGCGCAGGCCAAGGCGAUGGCGAAGCAGAUUGUCAACAAGGAGUCGGAAGGAGAGUCGGGCGACGAUGCGCAUGCGCCGAAGGAGCCCAAGGCGCUGAAGGACUCGGUGCUGGAGAGCUUUGACGAGGCGGCGGGCAACAGGUGA